GGCCGGGCACUGCGGCCGCGCCAGUUGCGCGCGGCGGGCCGCGAAGAUGAACUACCUGAAUGUGCUGGCCAAGGCCCUCUACGACAAUGUGGCCGAGUCACCGGACGAGCUCUCCUUCCGCAAGGGCGACAUCAUGACAGUGCUGGAGCGCAACACGCAAGGCCUGGACGGCUGGUGGCUCUGCUCGCUGCACGGGCGGCAGGGCAUCGUCCCCGGCAACCGCCUCAAGAUCCUGGUGGGCAUGUAUGACAAGAAGCAGCUGCCGGGCCCCGUCCAAGGCCAGACGCCGCCUGCCCCCCAACAGCCCCAGCAACAGCCGGCGGGGCAGACCCCUGUGGCUUAUCCUCACCCAGGGGGCUUCACCCCCCUGUCUCCUGCGUCUCCGUACACCUCUAUGCACCCCUCUUACCUGCCCCAAGAGGACAACGUCUACCUGGUGCCAGCGCCAAACAAGGCCCCGGGGCCCCUCCACCACGGCCAGUUCCAGUCUCCUCCAGGCAAACAGCCUCCCGCCUACCUGAAGCAGAGCCCCCCUCAAGGCCAGGAUGUGUACCAGGUGCUGGCUGGACCUGCCAGCCCACCCCAGGACAUCUACCAGGUCCCCCCAGCUCCCAGUGGGCUGGGCCAGGACAUCUACCAGGUGCCUCCAUCUCUGGACAGUAGGGGCUGGGAGACACCCAAGAGCCAAGGGAAGGUGGUGAUUCCUACGCGUGUCGGGCAGGUGUAUGUCUACGACUCCCCCAAAGGGGAGCAGGACGAGUAUGCUGUUCCCCGCCACCUCCAGGAGAUCUAUGAUGUGCCCCCGACGCGGGGCCUGCUGCUGAACCAGUCCAGCCAAGAGGUAUAUGACACCCCCGCCAUGGCAGUGAAGGGCCCCAACAGCAGGGACCUGAGUCAUGCCCAGGAGAUCUACGAUGUGCCACCUAGCGUGGAAAAGGGGCUGCAGGUGGUAUACGACAUCCCCCCGUCCGUCAGCAAGGACGUCCCGGACGGUCCGACGCGGGAGGAGACCUACGACGUGCCGCCCGUCUUCUGCAAGGCCAAGCCCUUUGACCCGGUCCGGCACCCGCUCAUCUUAGCUCAGCCUCCGGUGCCGUCGGCGGACCCUUACUUGCCCGAAGACGUCUACGACGUCCCUCCGUCCGCCGACAAAAGUGCCCCGGAGGCCCAGGAGAUCUACGACGUCCCUCCUGCGCUGAGGAAGCUGGCCGGCCAGGAGGUCUACGACGUGCCGCGAGAGCUGCCCCUCGGCAGCAAGGACGGGGGAGGCGACUACAUCUACGACGUCCCUCCCCAGGGGGACCGGGAGGGCAGGGCCGGCGACAGCAAGCGCCUCUCCGCCUCCAGCACGGGCAGCACCCGCAGCAGCCUCUCCAGCUCCUCUCUGGACACGGUGCCCGUCAAGGAGGCCCCCGACCAGGAGCUGCGCCUCGACCAGGACGUUGCCAUGGAGACGCUGGCCCGGCUCCAGAGCAACGUCAGCACGGCCGUCUCCUACCUCAUGUCCUUCAUCAGCGGCAGCUGGCGCAGCCCCGAGCAGAUGGAGGGGCAGGCGCCCCACAUCCAGGGGGCGGCCGAGAGCAUCCAAGGGGCCCUGGCGGAACUGCUGGAGUUCGCCCGGGGCGCCGUCGGCAGCGCCGCCCAGGCCUCUGACCGCUCCCUCUACGCCAAGCUCAGCAAGCAGGUGCAGAAGAUGGAAGAGGUGCGCCAGGCGCUGCUGCGGCACAGCCGGGCCUUGGACGCCCGCGGGUGGGCCCCCAGCGCCCUCGUGGCUGGCAAGGCCGGCGGCCCGGACGACCUCGAACAAUUGGUCAUGUACUCGCGGGGGGUGCCCGACGACACCAAGCAGCUGGCCUCCUUCCUGCACGGCAACGCCUCGCUGCUCUUCAAACGGACCAAGGCGCCCCCGGCCUCCCUGGGGGACGGCGGCCUGCCCCACAGCGCUGCCGCUGAUAAGGCAAGCAGCAUCCAGUCCCGGCCCCUGCCCUCUCCACCCAAAUUCCUGGCCCAGGACUCGCCCGAGGGGCAGUACGAGAACAGCGAGGGCGGCUGGAUGGAAGACUAUGACUACGUGCACCUACAGGGGAAGGAGGAGUUUGAGAAGACCCAGAAGGAGCUGCUUGAGAGAGGCAACAUCAUUCGUCAGGGCAAGGGGCAGCUAGAGCAGCAGCAGUUGAAACAGUUUGAGCGCCUGGAGCAGGAAGUCACGCGGCCCAUCGACAACGACCUGUCCAACUGGACGCCACCGCAACACUACGCCCACGGCCGAGGGGGCGGGGGCGCUGCCCUGUGCCCCUCUGACCGGCAGCUGCUGCUUUUCUACCUGGAGCAGUGCGAGGCCAACCUCACCACGCUGACCAAUGCCGUGGACGCCUUCUUCACCGCCGUGAACACCAACCAGCCGCCCAAGAUCUUUGUGGCGCACAGCAAGUUCGUCAUCCUGAGCGCCCACAAGCUGGUCUUCAUCGGCGACACGCUGUCGCGCCAGGCGAAGGCCCCGGACGUGCGCCACAAGGUCACCCACUACAGCAACCUGCUUUGUGACAUGCUCAAGGAGAUCGUGGCCACCACCAAGACUGCCGCGCUCCAGUACCCGUCCCCUGCGGCCGCCAAAGACAUGGUGGAGCGGGUCCACGACCUCGCCAACAACACACAGCAGUUCCGGAUGGUGCUGGGGCAGCUUGCAGCCAUGUGAAGCCACCUCUGGCUGGUCGGGGAAGUGGUUCGUCGGCUGUCAAUGGACUGUAAAUACUUCGCCAGACUCUCUCCUGCCUGCUGAGGAAUUGGAUUUGGGGGAGGGCUGGGUGGGUCGGCUGGCAGGCUGCCCCCUUCUCCCCUCCCCUCAAUGUCUUCUGUAGGCAUAGGCCGUGGUGCCAGCAGGCCCCGGAGCGUCUGGCGUGGGCCCGGGCCUGCUGUGGCCGACAAGGGAGGACAUUUCUGGCCCUAAUGGCAGCCAGGAGGAUAGCAGAAGGCAAAUAAUUAUUUUUUCUUGUUUGAUUCUAAAAUUGUUUGGCCAAUGGGCGCUAUUUAAAUCAAAUAAAGAGACAUAGAAUCUAAGCAAUUAGGAGGUAAAGAAACAAUAUCUGCACUCUGUGUGUGUGUUGAUUGGCCUCAGUUCCCUCAUUCAGUCUUCCCCAGGCUGGGGCCUGCUAGAUGUCUUGGACUGCAAUUCCCAUCAUCCUCAAUCAGCACCAGGUUCAGGAGAGCAGCCCUAAUUUAACCACACUGCAUCCUCCUCAGGUGGCAGUGAAGUGGGCGUAUUAGGAUUAACCGGUGGUGCGGUAGAGAUCGGAGGAAGGUGGCCACCUCUAUAACGGGUGGUCAAUUUGGGGAUGUCCAGGGGCCAUUU